CGCCGGGCCGCAGCGCCGGGCGGGCCCCGCCGCGGGACACCGCCCUCCCGCUCUCCUUCCCCGCCAAUGACGGCCCGCGGCGUCACGGUGGCGCGUCACGGGGGCGGCCGCCAAGAUGGCGAAGGUGUCGGAGAUGUACGACGUGACUUGGGAAGAUAUGCGUGACAAAAUGAGGAAAUGGAGGGAAGAAAACUACCGAAACAGCGAACAGAUAGUGGAUGUUGGAGAAGAGUUAAUUAAUGAAUACGCAUCUAAACUUGGAGAUGACAUUUGGAUAAUAUAUGAACAGGUGAUGAUUGCUGCUCUGGACUGCAGUCGAGAUGAUUUGGCAUUGUUUUGCCUUCAGGAACUAAGGCGGCAGUUCCCUGGGAGCCACAGAGUUAAACGAUUAACUGGAAUGAGGUUUGAAGCUAUGGAAAGGUAUGAUGAUGCUAUCCAGUUAUAUGAUAGAAUUCUACAAGAAGAUUCAACUAACACAGCAGCAAGAAAGCGUAAGAUUGCCAUUCGAAAAGCCCAGGGGAAAAAUCUUGAGGCCAUCCGAGAGCUGAAUGAGUAUCUGGAACAAUUUGUUGGAGACCAAGAAGCUUGGCAUGAACUUGCAGAACUUUACAUCAAUGAACAUGACUAUGCAAAGGCAGCCUUCUGCUUAGAGGAGCUUAUGAUGACUAAUCCACACAACCACUUAUACUGUCAGCAAUAUGCUGAAGUUAAAUACACUCAAGGGGGGCUUGAAAACCUUGAGCUAUCAAGAAAGUAUUUUGCACAAGCACUGAAGCUUAACAACAGAAAUAUGAGAGCUUUGUUUGGACUUUACAUGUCUGCCAGCCAUAUUGCUUCCAAUCCAAAAGCAAGUGCAAAAAUGAAAAAAGAUAAUAUGAAAUAUGCCAGCUGGGCAGCUAACCAAAUAAACAGAGCAUACCAGUUUGCAGGUCGCAGUAAGAAAGAAACUAAAUACUCUCUGAAGGCAGUGGAAGACAUGCUGGAGACCCUGCAAAUCACUCAAUCUUAGGUUGGCAGAGAGAUCCAAGAGUAAAUUUUCCAAUUCUAUGAUCAACCUGUAAUGACCUAUGGGUUAUGUUACUCUAGUGCUGUUAAUUUUGUAUUGAUUAACAUGCUAUCUAAAGUAAUGUUUUAUGAAAAGUAAAAUGCCUAUUUAUUGCUGCUAUGAAAAAUAUGAUGAAUACCCACUAAAAUGAAUAAUUUAUCCACGAAGACAACAUAAAGAAAUGACGUGCUGCACAUCAGUCUCUUUAGAUUUUUGUAUUUACAGUACCUGCUUUUAAGCCAUAAUUUCUAGAAAUAAACUUGUUAAAUGAUUAAAAAAAAAUGACAGUGAUUUAUUCAACUUGCAAAUGGAAAUGUACAAAUUUAUAUAUGUAGAUGAGUAAUGUAUGUUAGAACUUUUUAUCUUACUUGCAUAUUUAAGAGCAAAAGCAUGCUACAGAUAUACACUUUCUGGUAACUAUUUACCAUACAGCAAGGAGUGAUUAUGAAUACACUUUAAUAAAACCAUUAACAUCAACUUUUUUCUCUAAUAAUGAGUUGAUACCCGGUGCUGUAGAAAUGGAGAAAACUUAUUCAUGUACUUUGCUUCAGAGGGACUCUUGUACUGGCUUAAGGCCAAAGACAUUCUUCUCUGUGGCUUUGUGGGCAAAUGCUUCCAUGUCCACGUAGUUCUCCAAUCAGUACGCGCAUAUGCACUUUUUUUCUUCCUUCUGUGUGUCCUUUGUUGCACAUGUGUUCCCUAUCAUGAAUUUCAAAACCAUCUGAAUGCCAGGCUGUGUGCUGGUCUGUGCUAAUUCCAUACCUAUGGUAUGGGUGCCCCUUGGCUGUGGUGUGAGCUUCUCCACAGGAACCAAGCGUUAGGGCACUGCGAGGAUGCGAUAGCUUGGUUAACUGUCCUGUACUUACUGGAGGAUAAAAGUGUUUUUACACCAUUAGCAUGAAGCAUCUAGCACACUGUAAAUCUAUAUUGUAAUUUGUCUGUAGGGGCUUGUUUAUUUACUCCGAUAAUUAGUCAAACACCCUAAUUCAUUAAUUUUGUAGUUCUAAUCAUUCUGGAUGUUGUUUGGAUGUGUACUGUGGCAAUUCAAUUGCACAGCGAUCUUUUCCUUUACUAUGGCUUCAGUAAGAUUGCAUAACAGCGGCAACAUGCCCUUGACAAAUUCUAAUAAAAUAUUGCAAUGUAAUUUUCAUGACUGUUACCACCAUCCAAGCUGAUUUGAGUUUCAGAUUUUGUACUGCCUACUCUGUAUACAUGGGUAGGAUAAAGGGUAUUCGAUGGGUAUUAAAAUUGGGUAUUAAAAUGCUCUUUUUAUGACCCUGGAGUUGAUGUAAUAAAACAAAGCUGAGCUCUUGCUUAAAAAUAAAGCAGCAACAAAAGCUUCCUCUGUGAGUUCAAAGCUAGAAAAUGUAUAAAACUGAAUUGGUUGUUGCAUGAGACUGUGCCUUUAAGAAACACGUAAGGUGUCAUUCCCAUUACCCAUGAAGCAGGUUGGAGCACGGUAGUGUGACAGGAUGGGUGCUAUGCCCUGAGAAUUAAUUGUAUGUGGAAUCUUAACUUAAUUCAGUAUUGUUGAAAUAUAAAACUGCGUAGUGUUAUAUUAAAUCACACAAUUCUAACUUGGGCACAUAGUGCAGAUCCUUUUAUAAUAGUAAUUCGCAAACUGCCCCCUCAGAGUAGUAUUUGUGGAUAGAUUAUGUAUAUUUCAGGUGGAAACCCAAGAAAAUAUCAUAGGUGAUCCUAUGUAUUUCUGUUCAGAUUUAUAGUCUUUUACUGUAUGAGUGUGCCAUCUAGAGUUUUAAAUCCUCAUGAGCCUUUGUUUUACCUACGUCUCAAAUAACAUGCUUACAUUAUAAAAUUAAAAAUGGUGGGAAGCUGUAGUGUAGAUUAAAUUUACUUAGCGGUGCGUAACAUUUUACCUCCAGGGUAUUAAAAACCAGCAGUGCAGUAUUCUUGUGCAGCAGACAUCUAUGCCGCUGGAAUGUGUCAUAUAUAAUGUUUUAUUCCGAGGCAACUUUUAACAUACCAGUGUCAGACUUGGGCAUAUAGUAUAUCUGUUUCUCUGUAAGGAACUUUGUUCUGUUUCUUGUUUUCAGUGAUUUGAUGACAAAUUUCAUCGCAUUUGGCUGCUUAGAACCUUCUAGUUUUCACUACUGCUCUGUAUCUCUUUGAAAUUACUAUUUAGCGCUCUGAUUUGUGCUUGUAUUUUGGCAUAGUUCUCACAUAGUAAAGCUUAUAAAUUGACCUAGCAAAUAUUCGUGGCAAAUUUGUAUUUAGUUCAAAGAUAAAAGAAAUUACUCCUAUGAAAACGCACGGGCAGUCUUUGAUAUAACUGAACAGUCUUUGAAUAACUGAAUUGCAGCAAUGGAAAGUCAAGGUUUUUUCUGUAUUAAAAAAUCCUGGGUCUGCAGGGGAAGUAACUGUAUGAAAUGCCCUGCAAUCUCAGCAAGCAAAGGGUACAGAAGAGAAGCUGUGGUCUAAUGUGAUCUCUAUAGAAGUAAUUUUCCAGUUCUAGUAAAUGAUUUUGUAAUAUGUCACUGACGCUGUCUUGGAUUAAAGAAUAGGUUUUCAAAGAAUGGUUACUUAGUUAACAAAUGAACUUGAUUAUGUUCUGCAUUGUACUCUGACAGUGACAAAUGCUACACAAAAAUAUUAAUAUCAAGCAUGUAGUCUCCUCUUUCCAAAAUAAAAGGCUAUGUUUUCA